UAUGUGGCAAACGUGCGUGUUUUGACCAGUUUCCCUCUGUUUGACGCUACAGUUUCGCUAGUUCGUGGUUUUGAGACCUGUCGGUAGGAUGGCCAGGGACCCUAACUUCGUGCUGGGUUACCUAACUCAGGUAGAGGAGUUGGCAGAGGACAUACUCACCGACAAACGACAGAUUGUGGAUUUAGACAAGAAAAGGAAUGCUGCCAGAGAGGCACUCAGAUGUCUGAGGAAGGAAGAACAGGCUGUCACCAAAGGUGGAAAGGCCUGGGUGUGUUUUGGAGACAUGUUCGUGAAGAUACCAAAAGAAACAGCAACAAACAUGUUGGAAACUGAUCAGAAGCAGCUAGACUCAGAAAUUGACAGAUUAAGAGACGGACUGCAGCCAAAGGUGUCAAAACUCAGGGACAUGGAAAGUAAACCGGAGCUGAAGGGGUUUGGUCUACAGCCACUGUCAAAGGAAGAGGCAAACAUCUUCAAGCCUUGACAUGGAACUACAUACUUUAUAUAGAAAGCAAACACACCAAAAAAUGCUUUAAAAAAUACCACUGAUUGACAGAGAAAAUCUAACUGGUCU